AUGCUGGACAGUCCCGUCGAGGUGGGCGCUGAAGCGGCCUUCGUCCCGCUGGCGUCGACACCUCCUUCCCAGCCCGAUAUGCAGCCUACGCCAAAAUGGCGACGCCGCCAACGUCGUAAUGUCCCGACAUGCCCAGACCCGGGCUCGCUCUACGACAUCCUACGCGAGAAUUGCGGGACGUCGCUCUUCGUCCUCCCGAUCCUCUGGACCGACCAUCACCCGCGUUUGCUUCGCGCCGAGUUUAUGGCAGAAGAGCCCACCCUCACGCCGACUCCGUCGUCGACUAUGAGCGACCUCCCUGACUCACCGGCCAGCGGCAGUAGCAGCCAGCGUCAGCGCCCGUCUGAGAUCGCCGAGGCUCUCAGCUACGACCUUACUUCGCUGCUGUCCCCCGAGGACACGCGGCCCUUCAGCAAGUCUCGCGCGAUUAAGAGCGUGCUAUCUACGCUGUUCCAGUCCGCCUUCUCCCGCCCCAACAGUGGGGCUGAGCUCGACAUGCACUUUGGCGACCGCAUGUUCCGCAGCGCCGUGCGCGUCCCGGUGCUGUGGAAGAGCGCCGACGCCGCCGACUCGUCCUUUGACUCUGCCGUCACGCGGCCGGUCUCUUCGUUUGGCCAUGCACCCAAUGGCGCACGCGAGUCAAAUGACUUUAGCUGCAUCGCAAGUACACAGAGCAGCCAGGGGGCCUCCCAAGGUCCCAUCGUCGCUUAUGUUAAUCGGACACACUUGUCCAUGAUCCGCCGGAACCUGUUCCGCAUUGUGGACGGCCCCGAAGACGGCGAUCGCGCCAACAUGCCCGUUACACGGCUGCAGGCGCUGCGGUCAAAGCAGCUGGUGCCGAGCGAGCCCGACCGGGACGCCUACCUCUUGGGCGUCUUCCUUGCCAUGGCACAGGCGCACUUUUAUGAACCCUCACCGUCCCGCAUGGCGUCUCAGAUGUUCUCGUGGAACGCCAAGAAUCGCGCCGAUCGUAUCUCCAGGCCCAGCGAGUUUCACGACGUCAAGCUGCGCAUCAUCACGCAUGACGACGAGACCAGCGACUUUAUGGUGUACACCACCGUUGUGACGGCCGCAUUCCUCAGACGGUUUGCCGAGCCAAAGAAGGCCCACCCUAACACGGAGGAGCAGGCCGGCAUGCACAUUGAAUACACCCGGGUCCCCGUGUGGCCGAUUCUCGGCCUGCGGGAGCGACUCGGUAAGGCUCUUGGCCGUGACCUGGUUGGUGACGUGCAACAGACCAUGGACCUGUUUAGCCACGAUGAGGCCGACGUGGAGGAUGCCAAGGACGGCGAUACCAACGGGCAUACCGACACGAAUGGCCAUGCCACUGCCAAUGGCAAUGGCGAUGCCGAUACCACCACCGAAGCUGACAAAGCGACUGCACGGUACAAGGAAGCCCAGGCCGUGGCCGAACAGCAGCAAAAGCAGGAGAAAUUGGGCAGCUUGAAGCGGAAGCGGACGGCAGAUAAGGUCUCUCUGACGGACAUGCUGACAGCCUCGCUCGACGACAAUGGCAACCAUGCUGCCAAUGGAAGCGAUGACGUCAACAUCCACAACGGCAGCGGUGCCAUUGUUGCUCCCUCCCCAGCAGCCGCAGCAGCCGUGGCCAUCACGUCACCGACGCUGUCUCCGCGCGCAAAGCGGCGGCAGACACGGCGCUCGCUGUCGUCUUCGUCACUUGCCGUCUUUUGA